AUGGUGAUCGCGAGCGGAUCCGCCUGCGGUGGGGCGUCGAGCAAGCUUAUUAGGAGAUCCCGAAGAUUGUCCUCGACGAGAGGCUUGAAGCGGGUGAGUUGGACCGCGAGGCGCGGCGAAGACGAAGAAGAAGAAGGGGUCUCGGCCGGGCGGGAAGAUGAUUCGAAGCGGAAGCUCGGCCUGUGCCCCCCAGAAGUAGAGGGGGCGGCCGAAACGACGAGGUCUGGGAAGACGACGACGAUGAAUUGGGAGUUGAACGAGAGGAUCAGCCUGAGCAGCGGGUCGAGUCCUGGUUUGGAGAGAAAGAUGGUGGACGUUUCGAGGUUGGUUGGGUUCUCGAAGGAUCAUCGAGUCGUGGAUAAGAAGCGAUCCGCCAAAACUUCUCCUUCUUCCACCACCUCCUCCUCCUCCUCUUCGUCCAAAUCGAGAGCGUUUCGGGAUAACGAGAACUUCACCAUGGCGGCGAGGCCAGGUUUCUACGGGGCCGAGGAUAAGAAGGAAGCCGAAUGCUGCGGCGGGGCGAGGGGGUCGCGAAACGGGGAGAGGAAAAGGGGUUUUCCCUCGGUGGAGAGGAAGGGGGACGGGAAACGCGAGGUUAUCGCCGACCGCGAUCCCCCGGGGAGCUCGCGCCUCCAUCCGGAGAGGUGUAACGGCGAGGCGAGAGCGGAGGAUUUCGAGGGGCUCGAGAGGGGGGCCGACGAGACGAAGGAGAGCGACGAAGGGGAGAAGGGAAGGGAUCGGUUGGCGAUCGAGGAUCGCGACGAGACCCCGCAAGCUCUGCGUCGGGGCUACGACACUGACGCGGAGAGGGUGUUCGACGAAGGGGAGGAAGGAGAGGAGGAGAAGAAGAAGAAGGAACGCGGGGCGGAGGAGGAAUCGGACGAGAAGAGGAAGAAGGCGGCGGCCUCGACGGGGAAGAAGAAGAAGAGGAGGGACAAGUUGGAGAACGACGGAGCGCGGAGCAGCGGUGGGUGUUCGACGACCGGCGAACCGACGAGCGGCCCAAAGGUGGCCAGGCUCCAAGAGACGUUCGAUUCCUCUUGGGACUCUGGCGUCGGGGCGGAUGUCGGGAACGGCGGAAGCGGUUGGGUGAGGAUACACACGGGGAUCGAGAGCAGCCUCGUCUAUCUCACUGUUGAUACCACGGCGAGGGACGUGUGCAGGGACAUGCUGUUGGGCGACGACUUGUCUCUGUUUAUGCAGUAUGGAGGGGAAUCCGGAAGGAGAUUGGCCUCUCACGAGAAACCGCUCGAGAUACAAGACCAAUUUCUCCAAAAGCUCGGCUACCAGGACGUAUCAAGACGGUCCCGGCUCGGGGUCGAUCCUGAAUUACGACACCUCAUCGCCUUCCACGUGGGAGGAGUCGAAAGUUGGUCGGGCCAAGUUCGACGACAAAUGGAACUGGAAGGCGGAAGUUAGGGCUAGGGAAACGAUACACUUGGUCCAUUUCCAAAAUUACGGGGAACAGGAACUUUUGGCGCCGCGCGAAAUUUCACACUCCGAGUUCUUCUUCCUCUUCCUCCUCCUCAACAAUGGAUGCGAGUCGAUGGUUUAUCGAGCGAAAGUUUCGCCUCGCGCCACUAUCUCACCCAUUUAAUUGCUCCCCCUUCGACCUUCGUUGAGUUGAGCAGGAUCUGGUGCGAAGUUUUAGGCAAAGUUUUUGGGGAAGAGUUGUGACGUGGGAAAAAGUGAAUUGCCGUUGGACGGAUUCGAUUAUUAUGGGUGGAAAAUAUGGGAUCCUCUCCCUGGGGAAGGGGGAUUUAUUUCGAAAGACUUUGCUACUUUCGAGAGAAUUUAGUUUUACAGAUUCUUCUCGGAGAGUUUGUUUCGAAGAAAUCGUGAUUCCUUUCGGAGAAUUUAUUUUGAUGAAACGGUUGGUCCUUUUGAACAAUUUAAUACCGAAAACUUCUU